AUUGGACCAGCGAGCUGUCAAUCACUAUCCCAUCAUGCGGACGUUUUCAUGGCUGGGCUAAAUAUUAUCAACAUCGUCGUUGCCGCGUUCCCACGGAAUUUAAAAACCACGUAGGGUGUGUGGUACUGCCGAUGACGAUGUACAAUCUCUUCCUGCUGCGGCACGGGGAGGGGGCGUGGAACCGGGAGAACCGAUUCUGCAGCUGGGUGGACCAGAAGCUGAGCGAGGAUGGCGUGAAGGAGGCCCGGGAUUGCGGACGGCUCCUGAAGGAGCUGGGCUACAAUUUUGACAUGGUGUUCACCUCCAUCCUCAGCCGCUCCAUCCAGACGGCCUGGCUGGUCCUGGAGGCCAUGGGGCAGGAGUGGGUCCCGGUGGUGAAGUCCUGGAGGCUCAACGAGCGUCACUACGGGGCCCUGAUCGGCUUGAACCGGGCAGAGAUGGCCGCCCGACACGGGGAGGAGAAGGUGAAGGUGUGGCGGAGGAGCUACGACGUCACGCCGCCGCCCAUAGACGAAUCGCACCCGUACUUCGGCGAAAUCUACACCGAUCGCAGAUACGGCACGUGCGACGUGGAGAAGGAGAAGCUGCCUCGGGCCGAGAGCCUGAAGGAGGUGUUGGACAGGCUGCUGCCAUAUUGGGAAAGCGCCGUGGUCCCGGAGAUACUCCGAGGCAGAACGGUUCUUAUUGCGGCUCAUGGAAACAGUUGCAGGGCUCUGCUGAAACACCUGGAAGGGAUUUCGGACAAGGAUAUCUCCAGCGUGACUUUGCCGACGGGGAUUCCGGUGCUGCUGCAGCUGGAUGCGCAGCUGAAGCCCGUGAAAGCUCGCCAGCUACUGGGAGACCAGCAGAAAAUCCAGGCGGCCAUUAAGAAGGUGGAGGAUCAAGGAAAAGCCAAGGCGUCAACUUGAUCUGGACUUCGGACAUUCUCAAAGUAACGUUAGCCUUAACGGGUACAGGAUAACUCGUUGUCGAUAUCAGAGUUAAAAAAAACAAAAACAAAAGUAAUAGCUCCUGAAAAUAAAUUGAAAGAGGGGCGAAAGUCUUAAUGUGAAGCUAAUGUGCGUCUGACCUACCACUGUGGAAAGGGAGUUGCCAGUUCAUUUUUGUUUUGUCUCCAAAUUGACAACCAUGAUGUGGCGUGUUUACGAAAUAAUUUUAUUCAUUCUAGCUAAAAUGCGGCGCUGCAGUUUUAAAACGCUGUUUGUCAUACAUCUUACAUGGUUUUGUUUUGUUCCUCGUGGGUUACAAUCGGUGCUAACGUUGUCAAUCUACCAACGACAGACGCUUCCCUUUUGGUCGCCCUGAAGGGGAAAAAAAAAAACAACAGGUGAUGCACAGUUGAGUAAAUAGACGCCCGCGGCGAGGAAAUAACCUGUUUUGCAUUCAUAAAAAAAAUAAUACAGUUUGAGUAACUACCACGUAGACUGCACUGGAUAGUCAGGAAUCAUUUUUCGAUGUCCAAGUAAGAAUCUUUGUUGAUUUGAAAUGAUUUCAAGGGAUAUUCUUCCGAAAUUCCUUUUUCAAAGAGGUCCUAUCCAAAAUGCUUGAGGUAGUCAAUGUUUAUAUUAUUCCAUUUAUGCAUUUAUUCGAUUCUUCUAAAAUCCUAAAAGGCACUCCCGAGUCGGCAAGUACUACGUCUUCCUUGUGCACCGAACGUAAAGGAAACUUCUGUUGUUUGGCUCAACUGCUUGAUAUUAAUUUUUUACUGCCCACCUGUUUUGUAUGCACUGGUAAAGGGAAAGAUAACCUGUCGGGAUUUACUGGCAAAUUAUUUAAAAAGUUGGGCACUGUUGUAAACAAAGUGUUGUUUUUCAACAAAAUGAGUUUCCACUGUGGAAAGUAAUCCCAUUUCUCUGUAGCACGUUGUCUUAAUGUUCAAAAUUGUAUUAAAAUGUUCUAAAAGUAGGAGGCACUGUUGUGUGCCACUCAUCUAAAGUCAAUUUUUGUUUUUUUGUGACGCAAAUAAAGAUGUUACAUG